UCCUUGGAUUCGCUGUUGCGGGCAGCUUAGUCAACCUCCGAGAUCUGAGCUAUGAACUCCGCAUCCCCUUCUAUCACUUGAACGCGACACCACGCUAUAUACUUCGAGAUAGCAGCACCUAUCUCAUAAGCUGCCGCAUCGCUAUGCAUCAUCUAGUAGACGCUCUUUGGGUUUCUGUAGUGUGUGAAAGUUUCUCAGAUCUGUUCUUGUCUCUCACCCGGCAUGGCGGCUCUUGCUCGAAGCCGCCUUUACACCGAGAACGUGUCAACGCCAUGUCUACUUAUAUCAGGUUUCCAUUUGAUCAAUCGAAUAAUCCUUCUGAUCCAGCCUUCCUCACUCACUCAGAAGACACGUGUCUGAGCUACAAGUGUCACUGCCUCUACAUACCAUCAGCGCUACUCCUACUCCGCUGACUCACGAAACACAAUCGCGAUACUGCUUCAGAAGAAUAAUGUUUAUGCAUCCUUCACCAGGUAGCCUUGUACAAUACCGAGCGUCCGGGUUAUUCCUUCCACUAUGGCCGGCAGUGAUUUGUACAGAUGACAUGGCACCAAAAGAGGUUGUGCGCGCCCGCCCGGCUGGGUACGUAACGCUGCUAUUGAAGUUGGGCGACAAUUUAGAGUUUCGCUGGGCGCUUACCACGGAAAUGAGCAACUACAAUCCAUUCGUACCCUUCAGGCACGAAGAGAUUGUGGGUAACACACCCGGCUUGGGUAACGCCUACGAAAUGGCGAACAAUGCGCUUGAAGCAUCACUGGGUCUCGAUUACUGGCGAGAACAAGUAACGAAUACGACCAGCGAUGCUGAAUAUUCGGAAAGUGAAGCAACUGAUUCAGAUGGAGACACAUGCUCAGAACCAGAAAUGAGAAAGGCCCUCCGCUUAAGUCGAGAAGAAUUCUAUGAUAAGCAAUCCAAAGAAGAAACUGUGAGAAAUGCGAAGCUGCCGACGCCGUCUAUAUCACCACCUAUCCCAGCAAGAGGUCUUGGUAAUCAGCGCACUAUUGUCCCUGUUGAUACGGGCGGCUCCUCGCACUUGUUCACAUCUUUCUUCGACAGGACUCUCAGUGGCUUGGAUCGUGGUCGUAGAGAACCCAUCAGUGAUGCCGUUGAAGGCGAAAUUCUUCAAAGCAAGGGGUUUGUCCAAGUUCUCGUUGGACCGAACUCCCAAGUCAGCACACUGCAGAAAGAAAGCAUAUGGAAUCGCCCAUACUUUCGCGAUCCUAGGUUUGGCGUCAACCUCUUUGACCACAACGACGAUGGGAUAUGGAACCUCCAACACCCUGCUCUUGUCGAGAUCGACCCAGAAGAUUUCAUUUUCGCAGCAGAAUACCUUGAAAGCGGUGGUUUUGGUUAUCGGUACCCGCAAGAUGGCGGCGAAAUGGAAGAAGCAUUUGCACAAUGCGUGUCGGCAUGGUUUACUGUGGAGAAGUUGGGCAUGUCAGACAUGAUGGAUCAUGUCGUCGAGAAGCUGGAAGGAUGCAUAGAACCAGAAAUGCAGGACGUCUUGGUUUUCGCAUAUCAGGUCUAUGUCUCGCAAGACACUGCACUUCCCUCGCAAGUGAGGCUAAAGGAUUAUCUGGCAAUGUAUAUCGCGGAGAACUGGUGGAUUUAUUUGGACGACGAUAACUUGAGCUCGGACUUCAUCGAGAAGCUUAAGAGAUUACCAGAGCUGGAGCGAGACAUCUACGAGAGAAGGCUUCCAGCGCUGCGUGAGCGUCUCAGUGGAGACCAAGAAAACAGUGAAACCGAAAUGGAAUAAGUACACAAGAUCCUCACAGCUUAUUCCUACGAUAUACCACGUUUUCUUUCAUGAGGUGGAAUCAUAUGUGGAUAGAUUAAGAUCUUGCAUUCCUUGCAACAAGGAAGGACUAGACCACUUUCAUCAUUGCUGGUGAUCAAGCUAGUUGAGAAAAGCUAUUUCU